AUGAACUACCUCCGACAGAAUCCUAUCAUCGGAGCCGAUGGGUUCACUGUUGCUCUAAUCCGUGUUCUACCAGACCAAACUACUCAAGCGCGGAGGCUCUGUGAGGUCGUCGCAACUGGCAGCGUGAAAGACUUUGGCGAUGGGGAUGUCGCAUCGUAUGCCAAGAAUUUGGGUGGGCGUGAGUGGGCUAACACGCGGAAGACUGUAGAGGUCAAGGAUGCACCUGUUACACGUCAUUUGUCGAAGAAAGAGAGCGUCUCGAAGUAUGAGGUGACUGCUUUUGCCGUUUCGCCACACUGCCAGUCUGGUGGUCUGGGUGCUCGAGUUUUGGAUGAGAUAAAGUGGUUAUUAAGGGAUGAUGCGCCGGGUCAAGACUUGGGAAUAUCAUUUCCAAUGCUGGUCACUUGUCUGAUGAUCUUGGGUUAA